ACACCAACUACAACUGCACCAACUACAACGACACCAACUACAACUACACCAACCACAACUACACCAACUACAAUAACUACGACUUCUUCGACGACGACUACCACCACCACGACCACUGCUAACCCCUGCCAAUCCGGUUCUCUAAGCGACGGUCUGAACAACUUUCUUCGCUAGGCGUUCUUCAAUUAUGACGAGUUUUUAAUAAGUAAUCGCCUUGAUCCUUCUCCUCCAAUUAUUGCUCCCACUAAUGUCAAUAUAAACACGUCUUUCCUUCAAAUUUCGGGACAGCUAAGGUAAAAAAACCCAUUAACAGUUUUAAGAUUUUUUUAAAUCAUGAGAUUUUGUAAUAAGCAAAUGAUCUAGAAAUUCUGUAGGCGCCGGAAUGUCGAAUGAGUUACAAGUUUACGAAAUAUCCUCGGACCUUGCAGCCCUACAGUUCAGGUUUGCAAUAUUGUUGAGACAGCUGGAAUUACGAGGAAUCUACAAUUUGUCCGGCACUGUGAUCUCCCUUUACCCCGUAUUCGGCUCUGGUGCCUGGUCUCUACCCGAUUUUGCCUUGGAAAUCGACCUAAACCUCGUCGGUUUUGCCAUUGAGGAUGGUUACAUUAACAUGGAACGAUUCGAGUUCCGAAACAUAACGUUAAUUCCGAACUAUUCGAAUUCUCAAAUUUCCCUGGAAGACUUGGUAAUUGAUGAGGGCGCGGAAAAUCUAGGCAAAGACGUUUUCGACGCUUUGACUCAGCUGAUUCCAAAAGCGUUGGAAGAGGCGGGUGCACAUUCCGUGUUGAAGUCGGUCAUGGACUAUCUGCGAUUCUUGUUUACGGUUACCCCGUUGACUGAAAUUAUUGGGACAACACCACCUCCGUGUCGAUUGGGGGAUAUUGCUCCACAAAAUUGAUGCAUUAAUUCCUUCUAUACUUAAAACAAUUCAGUGUCUAUGUCAUAAAUUCCUGCAAAAUGUAUAGCUUCUGAUAAUUGUGAUGGAAAUAAAUUCAAUCCAGUUAUAAUCAAAGUUCAUAAAUUAGUUAAUAUCAAAUUUGCCUAUUUUACCCUAUUAGUUAAUACAAAAUUUACCAAAUGUAAUUUAGUUGCUAAAUUGCAUUUAUCAGAAUUACAUCUUUUUACAGUAACUCGCGAAAUUUACAUGUGUA